GAUCCGCCGCGGAGUUACGGGAAAGUUGGUCCGAGUUCCUGGAGUUUCCUGCUGUGGCUCUCCUGGCUCGGCCGGCUGGUGCCCCGGCACUCUGCCCGCCUCUCGCCUUCGCCGCCCACCUGGUCCCUCCUUCUGACCCUGGCCGCCAUGGAGCAGCCGCCAGCGCCCAAGAGUAAGCUAAAAAAGCUGAGUGAAGACAGUUUGACUAAGCAGCCUGAAGAAGUUUUUGAUGUAUUAGAGAAACUGGGAGAAGGGUCUUAUGGAAGUGUAUUUAAAGCAAUACAUAAGGAAUCUGGUCAAGUUGUGGCAAUUAAACAAGUACCUGUUGAGUCAGAUCUUCAGGAAAUAAUCAAAGAAAUUUCCAUAAUGCAGCAAUGUGACAGCCCAUAUGUUGUAAAAUACUAUGGCAGUUACUUUAAGAACACAGACCUCUGGAUUGUUAUGGAGUACUGUGGAGCUGGCUCUGUCUCAGACAUAAUUAGAUUACGAAACAAAACAUUAACAGAAGAUGAAAUUGCAACCAUUCUCAAAUCUACUUUGAAAGGACUAGAAUACUUACACUUUAUGAGAAAAAUACACAGAGAUAUAAAAGCUGGAAAUAUUCUCCUCAAUACAGAAGGGCAUGCAAAAUUGGCGGAUUUUGGAGUUGCUGGUCAGUUAACGGAUACAAUGGCAAAACGUAAUACUGUGAUAGGAACUCCAUUUUGGAUGGCUCCUGAGGUCAUUCAAGAAAUAGGCUAUAACUGUGUGGCUGACAUCUGGUCCCUUGGCAUUACUUCUAUAGAAAUGGCUGAAGGAAAACCUCCUUAUGCUGAUAUACAUCCGAUGAGGGCUAUAUUUAUGAUUCCCACAAACCCACCACCAACAUUCAGGAAGCCAGAACUUUGGUCUGAUGAUUUCACCGAUUUUGUUAAAAAGUGCCUAGUGAAGAGUCCUGAGCAGAGAGCUACUGCAACGCAACUUUUGCAGCACCCUUUUAUUAAGAAUGCAAAACCUGUAUCGAUUUUAAGAGACCUGAUCACAGAAGCAAUGGAGAUCAAAGCUAAAAGACAUGAAGAACAGCAGCGAGAACAGGAAGAGGAGGAAGAAAAUUCGGAUGAGGAUGAGCUGGACUCCCACACCAUGGUGAAGACGAGCUCGGAAAGCGUGGGAACCAUGCGGGCCACAAGCACAAUGAGUGAAGGGGCCCAGACCAUGAUCGAACACAGCAGCACUAUGUUAGAGUCUGACUUGGGGACCAUGGUCAUAAACAGCGAGGAUGAGGAAGAAGAAGAUGGAACUAUGAAAAGAAAUGCAACUUCAGCACAAGUACAAAGGCCAUCUUUCAUGGAUUACUUUGAUAAACAGGACUUCAAGAAUAAGAGUCAUGAAAACUGUAAUCAGAAUAUGCAUGAACCCUUCCCUAUGUCCAAAAAUGUUUUUCCUGAUAACUGGAAAGUUCCUCAAGAUGGAGACUUUGACUUUUUAAAAAAUCUAAGUUUAGAAGAACUACAGAUGCGGUUAAAAGCGCUGGACCCCAUGAUGGAACGAGAAAUAGAAGAGCUUCGUCAAAGAUACACUGCGAAAAGGCAGCCCAUUCUGGACGCAAUGGAUGCGAAGAAAAGAAGACAGCAAAACUUCUGAGUCUAAUUUCCUUUCUGUUUGUUUCUAUGACUAUUCUGGAGACCAAGAAACCACUAAGAAUUGAAGAAAUAUUAUGAUUUUUUUUUAAUCUCUAAGAUUUGUGCUCUACAGCCAGGCAACAGCCAAAAACUGAUGAUGGUACAAACCCAGGUGAAUUCCCAGAAGACAGAACUUAAUACGGUUUCCACUGUGUUUUCAUUUUUAAAUGAUGAAAACAGCAGAAAUGCAUUCUUCUCUAUAUCUGUCAGCUACAUAC